UGCGUUCUGCAGUGGGAGUUGUCGCUCUUUUUCGACUCGUCGGUUGAGCUCGGGCUAUUUUUACAUAAGGAAUGGAGAGUCGGUCUCCCAGACUUCGCAUCCUCCCUCCAUGGUGGCCCUCAUGAAGUACAUCAGCAUCGUGUUCUUGACGCUCUCUGCCGUUUGCUGUGUUGCGUGGGCCUCGUCAGCCGCCCACCAAUCGACAUGUCCAGCCCUCCACAGCAUCCCAAACGGGCGCGUUGAAAUCUCUGGAUCGGCUGCAGGGGCGACGGCACUGUACUCGUGCCAGACUCACUACACCAUGACCGGGUCGUCCUCUCGGACGUGCAAGAACGGUGCGUGGAGCGGAAGUGAGCCGCGGUGCCGCGUCGUAUACAGUCGAUCGUCCGACAAUUCCUUCAAGCGAGGGCACACGGGGUACAAGAUUGGAAUGAAAUGACCUAGACAAGCGUGGUCCGUGUAUGGAAGUAGUUGCAGUCCAUUUCGUGUGUUGGUUUGUUCGAGGGCCCACCACGUCAACACGGCGUCG